GUGAUCAGAACUGUUUCCUGUUGCUGUUAUGCUACAUUUUUAUGGGUUUUUUUUUUUAACCCAAAUCAGCAUAUGCAAGCCGUAACAGCGAGCGGGACGCCGCUGUUGUUUUGUCAUUUGACCUUACAUGAAUGAGGUUUAACGUCCGCAAAUGUCGUUCGAGCCAGCUGGGCCGCCGAACAGGGCCGACAUGGACAUCAACUGUGUGGCUUUUCAGAGCAAGUUAGCCUCCAUCAUGGAUGUGYUAGCCAAAGCCGCCGUGGUGGAAAUUAGCAAACUGUGGGAGGACGGGUUCGCUCUCAUUCAGAUCGAGCUCCAUCGGAGAGAAAGUGAAAUUAAAGCUCUGAACAGCAAGUUGGUGUCGAUGGAAAACGAGCGUUUAAAGGCUCUUUCUCAGGCUUCAAACAGGUCCUCGUCUUUUUCCACAAGAGAGCAGCAAAGCAGGCUGCCGCCACCUGCUGGUGAUGGUCCUUCAGGUGAUUCAUUGCAGGCGUCUUGUGACCAGAGCAUCAGAGACGAGGUAAACGCUGCGGUAAAUAGCAGAACACCUCCUGAUCAGACAGAGGAAAACCAGACAAAACAUCCCGGCUCUGACCCCGGCGAGGCCGAAGACGAAUCGGAUGAAGACUUGGUUGUCAAGCUCGAAGAUGACGAUGAUGUUCAGAUCGUGGAGCAGACGUUGGAGUCGGAGCCCAGCGGCGGCGAUGGAGCAGUGCAUCAGGAGGAGGAGCAGAACCAACAACCUGCUGAAGUUUUACAGGAUCGGGAUACCCGGCAGUGGCUGACUAUUUCUGUGGGAGACAGCGACACAGCGGACGACUCGGACUGCUUCUACGAACCAAAGCAGACGGACUCAGAAAUCUUGCUCAUUCAAAAUGCCGUGGACAUCUUUGAUAAUUCAGCAGCGUUUUCUGACAGAUAUAUGAGGGAGAACGGGACGGUGCAAGGUGCCACCGCUGCACCCAGACCUCCUGUGACUUUCAGCCAACCUCAACCAAGUCAUCAAUCGGUAAACCAUCCAGAGAGAGAGAUGCCUGUUGGGUUCCUUUCAGAAAAACAGCAGCAGUCUAAAAACGUGUCGCCCUUCAGCUCGGAGAGCAGACUGUUUCUGUUGAACGACCCGGAGUUGCACAAGGCGGUGGCGAGUCGCCGCAUUAAGGAGAAGUGGUUCAUCUGCCCGUUCUGCGGCAAAAGCUUCGAUCGCGUCAGCCACCUGGAGAUUCACCAGCGAAUCCACACGGGGGAGAAACCGUACACCUGCAACAUAUGCGGCAAGUGUUUUUCUCAGAGGAGCAACCUGCGGACCCACCAACGAACUCACAAAGAAGCGCUUGCACAAAAUGCUGUUUAAUUUAUAGAUUUUUAUAUUAGCUAACUCGUUUUACCCUGCGCCCUUUUAGAUUUUAACUUUGGCUUUUCUUGGGUUGUGAGAACUAAAACAAAUCUCUCUGAUCUGUUUAUAUAUCAGAUUGUGAACAACACUUCGACCCAAACCAUAUGCCCAUGAUUAAAUAUAAAUUUUGACUUUAUAUGAGAAGGAAAAUCUCCCCUCGGACUUAAAAGUUURGCUAAUUGGAUGUGAGUCAGUGCAAUUUAGACAGUAGAAAAAACAGAAAAAGGCAAAAAAAGACUAUUAGUAUUACAUUCUUAUUUAAAAAGAGUUUUCCCCCAGACUGCCUAAGUACCAUGACACAUACUGUAAGUGGUUUUAUGUAUUUUAUUUAUGUAAACUGAGACAAAUAUCUGCUUUUUUAAUAUGGUCUACUGGAGAUGUUCUGCUUUGGAUAAAUAUUCUUUUUUCAAACAAGUUGAGAUCUGGUGACCAUCAAUUCCAGAGCAUUUUAUUUGUAUUAUUUUUAUGGCCAUUGAACCAUUUUUGAUCACUCAGGCCUUAAAGAUGGGAGUUUUGUUAUCCUGAAAGAGACCUGGGCCUGUAUUUAUUUAACUUCUUAAAAUAACUCUUAAGAAAGCUGUUAAGAAAUGUAAAAACAAAAUUAUUAGCUAAGCUGAGAGUAAAAGUCAGUUAUCAAGCAUGUCAGUCUGUAAAUUCCCUGACCCCUAGUGGCAACUCUGAACCAGUUAGACACUACGCUAAAGUCAGAGAUUAAAUCUAAGGAAUUUUCAGUACUUAAGUCUAAAUACUCUAAGAAGUUUGAUAAAUACUGGUCCUGAAGUCCUGAGGAAGAAUGGAAAUGUUUCAUAGGACAAAAGGAUAUAAUUCAGAACAUGCUUAUGAUUCACGGGGAAUGUUUCCUUUUAGUUGGGGACACACCAACUCAUCUUAUGGCAGCUAAAUAUCUGAAUUAAARUUUUUUUUUCCUUUUUCAUCACUUUGAGAAAAGAAAAUAGUUGGCCAUCAUAUGUCACAGAAUAAAUAUUUAUUUUAGCUGUUAAACAGUCGACCUGGCUCUGCUCUAGCUCCUUCAGGUAAAACAAAUGAGAUUGUUUUACAGAGUAACACAUUACUGUUUCUCAGCUGCUUACUUUGACCCUCRGUAAACUUUUGUUCUGACCUCUCGAAUCUUUUGAACGUGCCUUGUAUUUAUUUUUAAACGGUCWUCGCAAAAUUCCACGAUAAAAAUGUAAAGUCGACAUACUUUUUAAUAUUAUUUACAUGUUUCCAGUGUCACAGAAAAUAAGACACUCACAGUAUAAAGCACUUUACAGUGUAUUCAUGUCACCUGACAGUACUUUUAUAAAGGAUUUCUUCUCCGCUG